AGAAGAAAACUCAACCUGCGGCUCUGAAUUCUGAAACGAAAACCGGAUGGAACAGGCAGUCACCAAGUUCAGAAAACUUUCCCAUCGCCGCAGGAGGAAGCACCGAAGCAGUUGAGCUUGGAGGAUACAAAAGGAAGGGGGCACAAAUGGUAGGCUUCCUCCGGGCUUUCACCGCCGCCUCCGCUGUGCCAGCAGCAGCCGUCGCCGCAAUCGCCCUCUCUUCCUCCUCCGCCCCGUCUUCCAGACUCCACUUUCCCUUCACCAACUCCCUCCCCUCCCUCUCCUCCGCGUUCGCCUCUUCCUCCACCUCCUCGGCCGCGCGCACGCCUAACGCCGUCCCACCGAUGGCCGCUGCCGCCGCUGCCACAGCCGAUCUCUCUGCUCCCGAUAAGGUUACCGCGCUUCCGGAGCUCACGACUGAAUUCAUGGUGGACAUGAAAUGUGAGGGCUGUGUCACAGCAGUGAAAAACAGGCUUCAGACACUUAAAGGAAUAAAAAACAUUGAAGUGGAUUUGAAUAACCAGGUUGUUAGAGUUGUUGGGUCACUCCCGGUGAAGACAAUGUUAGACGCUCUGCACGAAACAGGCCGAGAUGCACGCCUCAUUGGUCAAGGGAACCCAGACGAUUUCUUAGUUUCUGCUGCUGUGGCUGAGUUCAAAGGGCCGGUUAUAUUUGGUGUCGUUCGUCUAGCCCAAGUUAACAUGGAAUUGGCUAGAGUUGAAGCCACUUUUAGUGGUCUAUCACCUGGUAAACAUGGAUGGUCAAUAAAUGAAUUUGGUGACUUGACAAAAGGUGCAGAAAGUACUGGCAAAGUAUAUAAUCCACCGGAUUAUAUAUGCGAGAAGCCCCUUGGUGACCUGGGAACGCUAGAAGCUGGAGAGAACGGAGAAGCGCAAUUUUCAGGAUCAAAAGAGAAAAUGAAAGUUGUCGAUUUGAUCGGUCGCUCGAUUGCACUAUAUGCAACCGAGAACAGAUCAGACUCAGGCAUUGCAGCAGCCGUGAUAGCAAGAAGUGCGGGUGUUGGCGAGAACUACAAGAAGCUCUGCACCUGUGACGGUGUCACCAUUUGGGAAUCGAGCUAAUUCUACGGCUAUCGAGUUUUCCGUACUACUGUUUCACUCCAAUAUGUUGUACAAGAAAGUAAUGUAGGAACAAUCAACCAGAUACUGAACAUUCAGAAUAAGCAUGGAUACAUUUGAGGAUUAAAGCUUGUUUUGAUGUGGAGCUUGGCAAA